GUACAACCACAAUCUAAAGUUCAGGAUGACAAGUAUAAUUACAGACUGAAUAGAGAGAUCACUGUCCCGCGAAUCAGAUUGGUCGGCGACAAUUUAGAAGAAUUAUCAGAAGCAGCUAAUAAGGUUAUUGAGCCUGGCGUUUUUAGUACUUACCAAGUAUUAGGCUGGGCAGAGUCAUUAGAGCUAGAUUUAGUGGAGAUUAGUCCAAAUGCAGAUCCACCAGUUUGUAAAGUCAUAGAUUAUAAGAAGUUUAUCUAUGAUAGAAAGAAAAAAGAAAAAGAAUUAAAAGCUAAAACAGCUAAAACCGUAAUAAAAGAAAUCAGAUUCGGUCCUAACACCGAUGAUCACGAUUUUGACUUUAAGGUAAAGCAUGCCAUUAAGUUUCUAGAAGAUGGAGAUAAAAUAAAAGCAUACGUUCAGUUUAAAGGUAGAGCAAUCGUCUUUAAAGAUCGUGGUGAAUUAAUUUUGUUGAGAUUUCUAAAAGAACUCGAAGAGUUGGGUGCUGCUGAAGAACUUCCAAAGUUAGAAGGAAAGCCCCUAAAAGAAGUAGUUAUGCCUAAAAUGAAAACGCAUUCAAGUGCAAAGAAAAGAUUCACACUUACUGGAACAGGUAAAGUGAAAAGAUUUCAAGCAAAUGCACGCCACUUGAUGAGAAAAAAGUCUAACAAAGCAAAGACCAGAUUAUUAGGGUCUACACUUGUUAGCGUAGCAGAUUCUGCAAAAAUCAAAAGAUUGCUUUGUCUAUCAGUUAAUUCAGUUGCAUCAAGAACAAGAAGAAAAAAAAUUCUUAAAGCAGCUAGAGGUUACUUCGGAGCAAGAAGUAAAGUUUACACAGUAGCAAAAAAUGCUUUGGAAAAAGCAUAUACCUAUGCAUUCAGAGACAGAAGAAACAAAAAAAGAGCUUUCAGAAGACUUUGGAUCAUCAGGAUUAAUGCAGCUACUAGACAAUAUGGAAUGUCAUAUUCUAAAUUUAUUUUUGCAUUAAACCAAAAAGAAGUAGGUCUUAAUAGAAAAGUAUUAGCAGACCUUGCUAUGAAUCACCCUGAAGCUUUUAAAGCAGUAGUUGAU